AUGAGGCUGGGGUAUCCAAAAUUGGCUAGAGGCUUCGCCUCCCAUGCCCAAGUACCCUUGAGUCGACUCGAAUCACAAACAAUCAACUUGAGCAGUUUUCCUUCAAAAGUGAAAGGACUGAGGGAGCGGCUCAAGCGACCUUUGACAUACUCCGAAAAAGUGCUGUACAGCCAUCUCGAUGAUAAAUUCGAUGAACGCAUCGAACGGGGCACAUCACAGCUAAAAUUACGUCCCUUGCGCAUUGCCUGUCAAGAUGCGACAGCUCAAAUGGCACUUAUUCAAUUUCUGUCUGCUGGAAUGGAAUCAACAGCCGUACCAACAACAGUCCAUUGCGAUCAUUUGAUUGUCAGUCGAGAUGGUGAAGCGGAAGACCUACCCAGAGCUCUGGAGGCUCAUCGUGAAGUCUAUGAGUUCAUGGAGAGUGCCUGCCAAAAGUUUAACAUGGGCUUUUGGAAGCCCGGGGCGGGAAUUAUUCACCAAAUUGUUCUCGAAAACUAUGCUUUCCCCAGUGGGAUGAUGAUCGGGACAGAUUCUCAUACGCCAAAUGCUGGUGGACUGGGAAUGAUCGCCGUGGGUGUCGGUGGUGCUGAUGCUGUCGAUGUUAUGGCGGGUCUGCCUCUGGAGCUCAAAGCACCGAAGGUGCUAGGUGUUCGUCUAACUGGCAAGCUUUCUCAAUGGGCUUCACCAAAGGACAUCAUUAGCGCCGUUGCUGGAAUGAUUUCAGUCAAAGGAGGCACUGGCUCAAUCAUCGAGUACUUCGGCCCUGGUGCAAAGACCCUCUCGGCGACUGGUAUGGCUACUGUUUGCAAUAUGGGCGCAGAAACGGGAGCGACGACAUCAAUCUUUCCCUACGCCCCUCAGAUGGCGGACUAUCUCCGCUCAAAUAGUCGUCAUGAUAUGGCGAGUGCUAUUGAGAGCAUUGCACCAGAGCUACAGGCUGAUUCUGGCGCCGAGUAUGAUCAAGUGAUUGAACUUGACCUAUCGACUCUAGAGCCACGUAUCAAUGGGCCGUUCACUCCAGAUCUUUCUACAACACUAUCCCAAUUUGGCCAUGCUGUCGAAGAGAACAAAUGGCCGGAGAAAUUGACGGCUGGCCUCAUUGGUUCGUGCACUAAUUCUUCCUUUGAAGACAUGGGUCGUGCUGCUAGCCUCGCACGACAAGCGAUGGCUGCUGGACUUAGGCCUAAGAUGCCCCUUCUGGUAUCGCCAGGAAGUCUUCAAACACGUAAGACACUGGACGAGGCCGGUAUUUUGCCAGUUUUCGAAGAACUGGGAGCAAUAAUGCUUCCCAAUGCCUGCGGUCCAUGCUGUGGAUCUUGGGACCGGGUCGAUAUGCCAAAGGGCACUCCUAAUUCUAUCAUCACUUCAUACAACCGCAACUUCUCCGGUCGCUUGGACUCCAAUCCAGCUACCAAUAUUUUCUUGACUUCGCCUGAGAUCGUUAUGGCCAAGGUCUUCUCUGAAGAUCUAGCUUUUGACCCUAGCGUCGACGCAUUGCCCACUCCUUCGGGAGGAGAGUUUCGCUUCCAACCCCCAACUGGAGAUACUCUCCCGGAAAAUGGAUAUUUAGACUCUGAUGCGGCCUAUCAAGCACCUCCGACUGAUCGACACAAUGUGGAGGUCAAAAUCAACCCAUCAUCGGAGCGUUUACAGAGAUUGGCCCCGUUCGAGCCCUGGUCUGGUGAUGAUUUCAAAGACUGUGUCAUCUUGAUCAAGACCAAAGGAAAAUGCACCACCGAUCAUAUUACUCCUGCUGGGCCUUGGUUCCGUUACCGUGGACAUCUUGAGAAUAUCUCCAACAACACUCUUAUUGGGGCAGUCAAUGCCGAGAACGACAAGGUCAACACCGUGCGCAACCAGCUUACCCAAAUAUUUGGCGAUGUGCCUGGUACUGCACGAGAGUAUAAGGCGCAUGGCCAACCAUGGGUUGUGAUUGCUGAUCACAACUAUGGUGAGGGUUCGUCUCGAGAACACGCAGCUUUGCAACCCAGAUACCUCGGUGGAAAGGCGGUUAUCGCCAAGUCAUUUGCUCGGAUCCACGAGUCCAACCUGAAGAAGCAAGGAAUGCUCGCAUUAACAUUUGCAAAUGAGGCGGACUACGAUCGCAUUCGUUCCUCCGAUCGGGUCAGCAUUCUUAGGUUGGCUGAACUGGCACCGGGAAAGCCCUUGGUGCUGUCAGUCAAUGGAGAGUGGGAAGCUACUCUCAAUCAUACAUUCACGCUGGAACAGAUUGAGUACUUCAAGGCAGGGAGUGCGUUGAACAUGAUGGCGAAGCAGUAA